GAUUCGACUCCUCCGAAUACACCGGUGCUGUGUAAUCGCCAAGAAAACGAGCCGUUGCUGAAGAGAAUGAGCGGAGCAGUGGCCGAGACAUUUCUCUACCACAACUAUUUUCCUGAAGACCAGGAUUUCACGGAGAUUAUUCGACAGGCUGAAGAUGCUAUCGAAGCGGGUGUCUAUCCAAAGCGAAUCGUUCAAGGAUCGUCUGGAUCAUACUUCGUCCGAAAUCUCAGCAACGUAAUUUGGUUUUAUUUCACUAAUAUUUAG